UUAUAUCAACGUUGGGUUUCUCUCUGCCCGGAAGCGUACGCUCUUUUUGUUUCCCUUCAUUCGUUUCCUAUGAUCCAAAACGCGAGCAGCGCCCAUGGCGGCGGCGGCGCGGAAUCGCUCCAGAAUCCACAGCCGCUGCCGCUCUCCUCCGUGAAUCAUCUCUCGCGCAACUGCCGCGACAUCCAAGAAUCGCUCAAGUUCUACGUCGAUGUAUUAGGGUUCGUGCCCGUCAAGCGCCCGAACGCUCUCGAGGUCCGCGGCGCCUGGUUGUACAACUAUGGUAUUGGAAUCCAUUUGCUCCAGCAAGAAAAUGCGGGGCCUCCGCAAGAACACUCAAUCAAUCCUCGCGACGAUCACAUCUCCUUCCAGUGCGAGGAUCUAGCUCUCGUCCAGAAGAGGCUGGGAGACGCUGGGAUCAAAUACGAGAAACGCAUCGUCCAGGAGCGAGGGAUCGAAGUGGAGCAGAUCUUCUUCCACGACCCCGAUGGAUUCAUGAUCGAGAUAUGCACUUGCGAGCGAUUGCCAGUGGAGCCACUGUCAUCAAGCACUGGUAAAACUCGGGAAGAUUUCUAGCCGCCUGUUCAUCGUCAAGGACGGGGUCCUGUCUAAACAGGAACUUGAGAAAACAGUGGCUAGCUUAGAGCCAUUAGAGGAAGAGGAUCGCAUCGAAGUGUCAAUCCAGACCUUUUUGUUCGAUCGAUCAGAGAAAUCAGAGUUA